AUGGCGUGCCACGGACCUGCGGAAUCCAACGAUGUGCUUCAGCUGUCGGCGGAGGGCGGCGGUCGGCGGAACACUUGGAGGAUCGUUACCAUGGCAACAAGAUUGCUAGUCGCCACGGGAUUUGUCGUGAGGCCAGUAGAAUACACGUUCUUCUACCCUCUAGAGGAAGCAGCGUGGGCCAUGGAUCGGUUCAUUCCAUCCUCGAGACAGCCUCAGCACUGGAGCAGAAACUACCACGGAUCCCAAGAGCGCCGCCGGUCCUUUGGUCGCCGCAGGAUGUCUCCAGAUUCUCAAGACAAAGGAACGUCAUCCUACAGGCAAGGGGUGACGUUGAGAGCAGAGGAUCUAUUAGUAGAUGGAGAAAACAAGUUCGGUUCUGGCUCAAAGACAUAUCCAGCCAAUUACUUAGCCCCCAGACCAGGUGACCGACGUGCAGCGCUGGGCGGCAGUGCGACCGAGCUGACUCAGUGUGAGCGUCCAAAAGCCCCACUACGUCGCUCUUCAGAAGGCAGCUACGCCCUGCGCAGAAAAUCUUCGUCUUCAAAUGCAGCAGACGACCCAACGUCCAGUGAUCCAUCCUCUUCGUGUACAACUUCGUCCUCUUCCUCUUCUGAAUCAGGCAAAUGA